ACAACGACGUCUGUUGAAGCUAUAACACGCGAUCGGCAAUCAAUCUCGGAUACGUUCGCCUUAGUGUACUCUCUCGCUCUCUUUGUGUUUUCAAAUAGGUACAAAUCAAAACAAACAUCGAAGAUCAUCACGGUUAGUGUUUGUGUUUUCUUCGACUUCGUUUUUGGGAAGAUGUAUUGCUAUUUAAGUUGUCAAAAAUACGAAGGGAUCAAUCGAUUCGCUUUGAAGUGAUCUCUGAAGAAAUCUAAAAAAAGUUGUUUUCUUGAAAGACCUAAAAUUAAAUAUUAUUAUUGUUGUUAUGAAUAUCAUGAAAGUGCGAAAAAAUAAAUGAAUCAAAGUACCAAAAAUUGUCGGAUUUACGGUUGAUUGAGUUUUGGUUCUACAGUAAACGGUUCUAGUUGAAACUCGCAUGAGAAUAACAAAAAUAAAAAGCGGUUUAAUUAUCAAGAGUUAAAUGAGACCUCAAACGCUUCAGUCGACGAUAAUAAUACUCCGCAGAAAAAAAAAAUCAAACAGAUAAAAGAAAACAAAAACCGAAAAAGAGCAACCAAAAGCAACAACAACAUAAAUGAAAACUAGAUGUUAACUCAUAUCGGCAUUAGCUGCUGAUUAAAACACGAUUAACAAUCGGGUAACAAAACAAGUUAAACAGAAAAUACCAACCCCACAGCUGGGCGUUAGUAAGAAAUAAACGAAUGCAAUAACAAUUUGCCGAAUUUAAACGUGCAUGUGCCUCUUUCAGCACAAAAAUAGUUGAAUAUCUUGCGCAUCGCUUUUAUUAAAAAGUGAAAAAAAGAAACAAAAAUUGAAAGAUCAACAAGUUAUUUGAAUGUAAACAACCCAUAGCGGGUUCGGCAUUUUCAACAACUACCUUUGGAAUUGUUCCAGUAUUCAUCUGUAAAUAUGUGCCGCUGCUGUCAAAAUUGCUGGGAAGAUUUUUAUUGGAAUUGUUUCGAGGAAAAAUUUUGCUACGAUGAAACAAUUGCCAAUUAUAAUCCAGACGAUGAUGAAGAAUAUCUUGCCUCAAAAAAGAAUGGCAGUGUACUGGGGCGUAUACAGCCAGCGGACAACAACAAUGUAACAGUGCCCUCAAUCAUUAUUGAUCAGCCGUUGCGCAGGGGGCAUUCAUCGGGAUUAUUCAGUAAUGCCAAAAUUCACGAAGAAGAUUAUCGACGAGAAACGCAGACAAAUGUACCCAUGCUGGGACCUGAGAUACUUGCUGUCUUUGCCAAUUCGCAGAUAUUCCAGGAUCAUCAACCGACCAAAUUGAAUCGUAUCAGCACGAAACCGAAUUUGGCUGGAAUACACUCACCGAAACGGGAAAUGCCCACCACACCCAAGGAGUCCGAUCAAGAUCGUCUGCUGCGUCGCUUGGAAGCUAAUUUGGGUAAAGGCGACACCCUGGAUUCUCCUGUUAAGGAUGAUAGGACCGUUACCGAUACUAAAGAUGCAUCUCCAGAGCGACGUAUAACAUUUACCAUAAGUAGCGAUUCUUCGCCGGAGGGCAGCAUGACAUUGUCACCGAAAAAAUUCGAUGCAAUUGCCGAAGAAGAUACUCCGACAGUGCAUGGUGCUGACAAUGAACAAACUGAAAAAGAGGACGAAGUUAUUCUCAGACCACGUCUCAUCGACAGACAUCCUCAUCUGAUGCCACCAUCUGGCAUCUCUAGUACACCACGUAAUAAAAUACUGCGCAGCGCUAAAAGUGUGCCACACUUUAAUGUUCGUCCAGCGGCUAGCGAAACAGAUAUUUUUGCCAUUACCGGUUCGGGUAACACUAUUAGUAUGACACCAGAAGUUCCGUCCAUAUCCUUUAGCAAUUUGCCCAAACAUUAUGAAGACACUCCAACAAUUGAAAAAUAUCGCGUCUCACAAUCGUUGUACUCCAUUCAAACAGCUAAUGCUGCACGCGCUGAAGAUUAUUCAAUGCCACGUUACUUCCGCAAGUCGGCCAUGAUAACGGCCAGCAGUGAAGUCUUAUCUGGAACGGGUACAAUGACAACGCCCUCGGCAUCUUCUUCGCGCGAAGAAGUCCGACGUCCCGAAAAAGAGAAGAGUAAACGCUUGCAAAUGCUAAGAGGAGCCUUGCCACCGUUACUUAUACAUUCCGUGUCAUUCCGCAAGACCCGUGAUGAGGGUAAACAAGUGGAUUAAUUAAUUGAAAAAAGUAUUUCCAUUGCAAUACUUACAUUUGUAUGCAACUAAUUUAUGAAAAGUAUUUUCGUAUUAUUUUUGAGAGCAUUUUGAACAUUCUUAAGUUUUUUUUUAUUGUAAACAAGAAAACUUAAAUAUAUUUUUCUUAUAUUGUUAAAUCGCAUAUUCUUUUUAAACAUAUUUAUCACGAAUUGAGUUCGUUUGAAUUAAUAUUCGUUACAGUAUUUAAUGUAAAUAUAUAUUUUGAAAAUAAAUUUUUAAAUGAAAA